AUCACCCAGAGAGUUGGCAGCCAGGAGUCCGGCAGCUGCCACACUCUUCACAUAUCUAUUUAAAGUUCAAAGAGACACUGGAUAACAAUAACAAAGAGGUAAGCGUGGCCCUGACUAGCCCACCCAACAACAGGAAGAAUGGCUGAGAAAGCAGAGGCUACAUUAUCUCGCUUUCUGGUCCCUAUUCUUCUCUUAAUUGGCUGGAUUGUGGGAUGCAUCGUAAUGGUUUAUGUUGUCUUCUCUUAGAAAGGCCAGAAGACUUCAGAUUGACAUCAUUUAGAAGAAUUAAGAAAAGCAUGAAAUGACAGAUUAUUAAAUGUUUCUCAUGUAAAUAACUGCAAUGUUUGACAUCAGUUUAUAAACUUGCAUUUGUGAACUGUUA